AUGAACGGCGACAACUAUUCGUCUAGAGGUGAGUCGGUUGUUAGCUCGCACAACCGCGCCAACGCUGACGGGAUGCUUGCGGCGAAAGAAGGCGAUGGUCGUCGAGACCACCAGUCCUCCCGGAGCGAACGAGGUGACCGAGGCGACAGGGGCGACCGCGACCGUGGCGAUCGCCGUGACCGUGGCGACGACCGACGAGACAGACAUAGAGACAGAAGACGCUCGCGAUCUCCCGAUCUUCGCCAGCGUCGCGACCGAGACCGAGAUGGUGAUGCGUACGCAUCUAGCAGAAACCAUAGAGACCGGGAGCGCGAGGAGCGAUACACCGGUGGCCGCGACCGUCGCGGUGGCCCCAGCGGCGGUGGCGACAGAGAAUGGGACAGAGAUCGUGGCACAUCCCGCCGCGAUGCUAGACGCGAUGAUGAUGUCCAGGGUAGGCGCGAUCGCGACGGCGGUGAUGAUCACCGUCGGGGUGGCAGAGACCGCCGUGAUGAUGGCUUCGCGCGCCAGCAAGAACGCCGAAGCCCGUCUCCUCCUAAGCGCCGCGAGCCCACACCUGAUCUGACCGACAUCAUUCCCGUCCUCGAACGCAAGCGUCGCAUGACGCAGUGGGAUAUCAAGCCCCCCGGAUAUGAGGCUGUCACGUCGGAGCAAGCCAAAAUGUCGGGCAUGUUCCCUCUGCCUGGCGCACCGCGACAACAGCAGGUGGAUCCUACCAAGCUCCAAGCUCUUAUGAAUCAGCCUGCUGGUGGCCAGGUCAGCAGCGCUGGACUCAAGGCCAACAACUCGCGACAAGCCAGGCGUCUUCUGGUUUCCGAUAUUCCUAGCGGAACGACCGAGGAUGCGCUCGUGGCCUUCUUUAAUCUGCAAUUGAACGGCCUUAACGUCAUUGAGGCCACGGACCCUUGCGCGCUUUGCCAACUCUCGAACGAUAAAUCCUUCGCCGUUCUGGAAUUCAAAAACACCGGCGAUGCCACUGUUGCUCUUGCUCUAGACGGGUCCUCGAUGGUCGCCGACACGCCAGGACUUAGCAUUCGUCGCCCGAAGGACUAUGUCAUGCCUGCUGUGCCGGAUGAAAUCAUUUUUAAUCCCGAGGUUGUCUCCAAUUCGGUACCUGAUACCAUUCACAAGCUCUGCAUUACAAAUAUUCCACCUUUCCUCACCGAGGACCAGGUAUUAGAGCUGCUGGCCGCCUUUGGCAAGCCCAAAGCCUUUGUCCUCGUCAAGGAGAGAAGCACUGAAGAAUCAAGGGGUAUCGCGUUCGCCGAGUACGUUGAGCCUACUAAUGCCAAUGAGCCAGCCCUGAACACUCUUAACGGGAUGGAUGUUGGCGGUAAGAAGCUCAAAGCCAGGAAGGCGUGUGUUGGUGGAACGCAGGUGGCCAACUUCGAUGCUGGUAUUAAUGCCAUCAGCAACCUUGCUGGCCAAGGAAAUGGUGGCGAUGCGACCAGAGUUCUACAGCUUCUCAACAUGGUUACGGCUGAGGAGCUUCUUGAUAAUGAUGACUACGAAGAAAUUUGCGAGGACGUGCGAGACGAGUGCUCCAAGUACGGCAAGGUUUUGGACGUCAAGGUACCACGUCCCGCUGGUGGAAGCCGCCAAUCGGCAGGUGUUGGCCGCAUUUUCGUCAAGUUCGAAUCUGUGGACUCUACCACAGGUGCCCUCAAAGCAUUGGCAGGCAGAAAGUUUGCUGACAGAACUGUGGUGACGACAUACUUCCCCGAGGAGAACUUUGAUGUCGGUGCCUGGUAA